GGGCCAGGACAACAUGUACCAAAUGACAGGGCUGGAAUCUGGCUUCCAAUCUGGCUCCCGAUCUGGCUUGCAAGCACUCGAGGAAGAAGAUGAAUCGUAAGUAAAUACUAUGCAUGUGGAGCGAGACGCCAUAUUUUGUACUUGAAUGUGAGAGAAUGAGCUUCAAUUGCAGAGCCAAUGCACUCUAAGAAAAAAAGGAGUAGAAAGGGGAGUAAUUGCAGCUUCUACUCCCCUAGUCUGCAAUUACUCCCCAUUUUAGUCCCCUAACCCAACAUUUAGUCCCGACAUUUACUCCCCAGGACUGCAAAUUGUCACUAAACUUCGCGAAUGGUCUCCUGAAUGCAACAGUCUACGUAAAUAUGUGCCCUUGGUCAAUUUGAACGACAUAAGGCUGUAUAACUCAGACAACGUAGCAAUUUUCCAGCCACACAGAGUAAGAAACAGUUAGCGCAUAUUUCUUCGCAAAUUGUGCCCUAGUAUAGGCGCAAGAUUUUAUAUCAGUCGAUAUACCACGGUUGACGGUUUGCUUCAAAGUAUUUUCAUGCAUGCGCACCAAUUAUGUACCUGGGACUCUUACAACAGCGCGUGAAAUGCGGUCUGCACUCUGUGACAUUCAUUUACUCCCGUGCAUUUACUCCCGAAAGGGACUAUUUUUUCUGGCAAUGCAAUUACUCCCCAAAAGGAGUAAAAGUACUCCUUUUUUUCUUAGAGUGUGGGCGCACCUACGAGUGGCUGCAAUAUAUGACCCAUUCGUAAGGGCAUCCGCGUUUCUCCGGUGCAGACUCCUGAGCUUGUGCUCUGCCGGAGGAUGUCCUGUGGAUUAUCCCAAAAACGUGCCUUUACAUCAUACAACAUGAUCGAUAAGCGACGCCACUGUACACAGUGUUCACUCUAUCACCGCGUAAGACGUGUUCAAGCAAUUUGUGCGCUGCCAACAGGUCACAGGUGUCCUCCGGAUGUACCGCCAACUCUGCAGUUCACGUCUCAAUUGAAGUGCGUUUCGUUCAGAUUAAAUUGUAUGAUACCGCUGGCUCUGUUCUGUGCCAUAGCGCACUGCUCGCGUCACGGUGUUUGUGAAUCUCCGGCCUGUGGUCCCCUACCUGCGGUCUCACGCUAGGAGGAACGACACCAAGACUGACUACGAGGGGAGGCUAGAGCCGUAUAUUAAAAGGGAAUCUGGCCAUUAAUGGGUGAUGCCUAAACCUGAAGCUCCACCCACUUUUUCAGCUUUCUGGCCUAUGGAGUCUUGAAAUAUGGGGCGCUAUCCAUCAACCUAUCCUUACGAUUUGUCCCCUUAUCCAACAUUGGCAGCGCCAUUUUGGGUGGCUACUGAAUUGUUGGUGCAAAUUUCAUGAACGCCACCUAGGGUGCGUGGGGCACGUCGGGAACUGUCGCCUGCUUCCGUCGUUGUAGCGCUGCCGGCAGACCCAUCUACUGCUACACAUUCUGUCGUUGGUACGGUUGAAUAGUUGGAAUAUAAAAGGCAAAAAUGAUUAUACACGUGAAAUCCCACAAUUAAAUAUGAUAGAUUGUACAGCACAGUGCCGUUUUUUUGUUACGAUUUCGUUGUGAUCGCCAUGUUCACGAGACCGAACACCGGCGACAAAACGUAUUAUUUUCGGUUAAAUAUCGAUGGGUGAUCAUCAGUUGAAACUGAUUCCCGAGAAACGUAUAUGAGGACGUACACUUGCAGCGUAAAAUCAGAGUAGUCUGAUUUUACCACGAAAUCCCCGCUUUACUGUUUGUGUUUCGUCGCCAUUUUAGGUGGCAGUGAGGUGUCAUGGCGAUCCCCUUGAUGAAAAGCAUACCAAUCAGUGGUGCGAAACUGUGAUUGACAGGUCGACCCUCUUUUUAUGACUCCUCCCAAUGGCUAGACUCCCUUUUAAUAUACGGCUCUGAGGGAGGCCGCGCUCGCCCGCCACCUGCUGGAGCCUGGAAGAGAUCAUCGUCCGACACACGGACGUCGUCUGCGACAGCGAGAGAUACUGUAUUUGUCUAGUUCCUUCCUGUGCGACACCGCCAAUAGGGGACCGCUGCCUCACAGGCUGGAGACUUGAGACAACAGUGUGCACGAGGAGUACGUGUAUAUGUGUGUGCUUCUUCUAGGGACAGCGCAAAGUUCGUAGCCGCCAUACUGAUCCUGUUGUGCAUAAUCGCCGUCAUCUUCCUCAUUGUCCUGGCGGGUGAGUGCGGCGUGCGAACAGACUGAGCAUGAACCGUAUGAUCAUGGCUCACUGUGCCAGUGCGAGUUGUAGGCCAAUAUGACGCAGAAGUAGCGCACUGUGUAGCAUCGAGACUGCAUCACCGGCGGCCCUCGACCCUCGGCGCCGUUUGAAGACUCCGCUACCGUGAUUCGACUAUUUUGAUGUUAGAACGUGAAAGCUCAAUGUUUCCUUCGUAAUGUGGAACGUCGUACUGUCGAAAUGAGGGAAAGUGUGCGAAAAAGCGCGGAGCCGCGAAUCCAGAAGAGCAAUGACUUGCCGGGUUGGUAAGUCACAAAACGCAGGUAUUCCUUUUGUCAACAAUCGGGAAGUCUACAGCACCGAAUUGAAUUAUCAUAUCCCUAAAGACGAACAGGACCAAUUCGAUCACUUCAGGAACCCCGUUUAGUAUGACAGCACACCGACUAGAACGAGGGAAGCCAAAACAAGGCAAAGUAACGCCAUUUGCUAUCACAUUGCUGUUAAAUAUAGACAAGCCAUGCGCGUUCCUUGGUUUUUGCACCCUUCAUAUAGUAGUACAUGUAACGUCAUAGUGUUACAAAUGUGCAUGCAUAGUACGGUAAUCCAUGUUCCCAGCUACAGUACCCGCGAGCAUAAUCGUAAACGUAUCACGACGUUUCGAGCUGGAGACCGCUCGGAGACAUCAGGAAUUGCUUGGGGAAGUUUAUGGUCGGAAGUGAACCUCACUGUGCUCCCGCUGCCGGAACAAUGUGCAAUAUUGUCUGUGUGCACACCGAAUACGAUACCAUUUUCCAAACCCCUGCAUUUGAAUGUCAUUGCUCAAAUUUGCGAAUUCUGCAUUCCUUGCAGUCAUCGUGUUUCAAAGGAAACCAGAAAAGAUGGACGUUGCUACGGAAACCGAACGGAUCUACGAAUAUUUUCCGGUUGUAAACUUCACGUCAAGCGUUUCAGCUGCGAGCACGGCAGGCACAACAAAGGCGUUAGCACCGGCUACUACACGAGCUCCAUCAACCACCCAUUCGACAAUGACGACGGUCGCCACGGAAACCACCUCAGGAAGCACCACAGAAACCACCACAGAAACCACCACUGCUACAAUCAGCGAAACGAUGACGAUCACAACUAUUGCCAACACACCGACAUCGACAACACCAAAGUGUCACAAAGGUGGUCCGCUAACACCGUGCGACGUAGACGACUCGAUCGACCAACCUAAGACGUACAGGCUAACUUCACCAGGCUAUGCAACGGGUCAUUACAACAGCAACAUCUGCCACCGAACAUGCAUCAUUGCGAAUGCGUGUUUUCUGAGAAUUAAUGCGAUCUCCUUCAAAAUGGAACCCCGCAACCCCAGCGGAGAGUGCAAUGACUACUUCGAGUUUUUCAACGAAGGGAAUGGGGCUCCGGGAUCUCAGGUCCACACCGGCCCCGUCUGCGGAAGCGAAAGUAUACCCGCUGACGGGGGCCAAGGGGGCAGGCUGCAAUUUGUAUUUCAUAGUAACGAUGUAAUCGAAGAAGCCGGCUACGACCUUGAACUUGUUUUCACGCAAGGACCGGACCCACAAGUUGAUGGCACAUGCGGCACGAUCGGGCCUGGUUAGAAGUUAAACAAGUCAAUUCAACACCGACGACUGCGAUGGCUGGAACGGCGACGACGAUGCUGAUCUUAAUGCUUGAACUCUACGGAUACUUCCAGCUUUUUACAUUUCUGUAUUUCAAAGUUAUUCGCAUAGAAUGCGUGAAUAUUCUUUCGAUAACGCGACUGCACGUGAUGUGCUCAAUGAUAUACGUUGGUUUGCCUUCUU